AGCGUCGAUUUGAGCGGGCUGAAGAGGAGGCAAGGGAGGAGGUCUGCAGGAAAUGGUCGUCAGGGCUCCUGCAGAGAACCUUCUACCACUCGCAGCGAUGGCAGCCAAUCACGGCGCAGGAGAUGGUGCAGGAUGCAGACAGCGAGGACGAGUGGGACGAAGCUGCCGCCUCGUAUGCCGACCGAAAGUUGCUGGGCGAGUUUGAGGACGUGUUGGGAGAGGAGAAGGGCAUUAUGCACCGCUGGAUGGCGUUUGUGCGCCGCCACAGGGUAAUUGCAGACAGGCAUGUGCCGUGGGCGUGUGAGGCCUUCGCCAUCACACAUAAGGACUUCCUCUCCUCCUCCCCAUGCACUCGCAU